AUGAUUCAAGAAGCUCCAGGAAAGGAUCAUAUAGUGAGCCAUGUGCGAGCUCUAAAGUCGACUUUGAGCCAGGAAAAAGACGAAAGGUGGCAAUUAAUAUAUCUGCUUGAAGACCUGGUGUCUGAAAUUGGCUUGGAUCAAGAAAUGCUUCUGGAAGUUUUCGAUAUUAUAUUUGAUGUGAGCUCCAAAUCUCUCCAUUCCAACGAGAAAAGAUACUUGAUUCGGAAAGUUUUGGUACCCAAUGGACUCCAUGAGCUUCAUAUAGCAUUGGUUUACCGAAUCAUUGGAUCAAUCGGGUACCCCCGUGUUUACUACCAAAAUGAUAAAAAGGUGAAACAGAAGAAACUUCCACUGAACAUUCAAAAUUCGCUAUUGCAAUGGUUGAUAGCCUCAAUUCACUUAUUUGGUGAACAUGGGUUCAAAGCACUUCACAAACUUUCCCCAAUUCUCUUCAACUUACUUUCGUUUGAAUUUUGUCGACCUUUAAUCACAAAUUUGAUCUUUCUAUGUCUACUGAACACGAAUAAGACAUUCAAAGCGUCCGGUAACCACCACAAACCAAUAGUGAAGAACUGGCAGAUCCAGACUGUUGUGGACCUAGCUACUAAAUUCCCGUUGGAUCCUUCCUUGAAGGUGCUCCUAGUACUAUUUAAAGAAAUUAUCUCCGAUUUGGACUACCGAUCUUUCUCUAAAGCUCAAUAUGACACACUCAAUCAUAUUAAAGCUGAAGCGUCGGUGUUAAAGAUACCCCGUCUAGAAUGUAUGGAGAAAAUGGUAACAAUAUGUGAAAAGAGGCAGCAGGAAAAGUAUAGAAAUCAUAUAUUUGAAGUAUGUCAAACCCAAUACGCCACAUUCCGAAGAAACAUAACAAAACGACGGAGGUUGAAUACUUCAGAAGGAGUUCAUAAUCUUGAGAUGAUAGCAAAUGGUUCUAAGAGUUCUAAAAUAUCAAUUCAUGAUAUCACAACGCUAGAAGAAUUGAUAAUUCAGUUUGAACAGAUUGAGUUUGUUAAUUUUAGGAACAUUCUUUUGAAUCCUUCCUACCAUAACAAGCAAAUCUCGUUCAACUACAUCAUUUUCAAGUAUAUGAUUGACAAGGAGGACAAAUACUUCAGUGAUAUGACAUUUUUUUUCGAUCAAGCUAUUCCAAGAUUGGGUGAGACUGAAUUUACUUUUUUAGAGGAAAGUAUUGUUGAAUUGUUGGGCUAUUAUCCGUCAUUUCUUUCAUUAGAUUCACUUCAAAAAGGGUUAAGUUUACCUGAUUGGGGACCAAAGCUAUUGAGGUUUUGUGGCCCCAAAACUAAUCCACAAGUGCUAAAAGAUUUGGUUGCAUUGUUGAGCAAAAAAGGAAACUACAAAGAAAUAUUCUUGGGGGUAGCGGAGCUUCUUAAUGUUUCUUACAAAAUGGCAAAAGAAGAGUGCAUCGCAUUAAUGAAUGAGUUAAUUCCUUUCGUAUUCGAGCUUAUCGAACCAAGCGAGCUCAGUUUGGAGCACAAACUCAGCCUUUUGAAACUAUUGAGAGUGAUAAAAAUUGUGGAUGAAGACGCAAUGAAAGAUCUCAAUGCAAAUGUUAUAUCAUUGCCUUCAACUCUAUACUACGAGCUUCUAUUCACAAUUAACCCGAUCGUCGUAUCGGAAGCGUGUGGGUUUUUAGCGUUUUCAAAAACCUAUAAGAAUUAUACAGCCCAAGAGAAGGUUGUUAUAAACUCGAUAGUUUUCGACACUCUCAACUUCUUGUGGAGAGACAAGGCGUUCUACAAAGACACGAAUUCACAGAGAAACAGUAAGGGGAUGUAUUUUGCACCGGAGUUUAUCAACAAACUCCCCACAAUUAACGUGUUUAACUACACAAGUCUCGUUCAGUUGGAAAACGUUGGAAACAUGUUCCACAAUCCAGUAUGGUCUUACUUGGUUUCCCAGAUCUUAUGGGAAAUUGAAGACAAAUGGCCCCAUAUUUCCACUAGACAUCCCGGCCCGGUGACCAAGGAAUCGGUAGCAUCGCUAGUAAACAAUCCUAGUAUCGAAUGGCUUGACACUGAUUACGACUCCUUAAAGGUGCAGGUUCUCCGGGGUUUGGAUAAGUUGGGGUAUAAUGGGUUAGGCGAUUUACUAUUUGGAUCUUUGCGGACUAUUGCCUCAUCUAGAGACGAGCUGCCACUAAUAAUACCCGAAACUGACUAA